UAUCGAUGUUUUCGUGUGUCAACAAAAAUAUUUUCACGAAAACUUUAAAUUCCUUGAUAACAGUUGCCUCUAAAAAUUACAUAAAAUCCUGGGACCUAAAACCGAAGUACCGAUGCACCAAUUUUUCCCCUCUGCGCUGAUUUUUGCUCAACUUAUUUGCAGGCUUGUAUCCACCUCUGCAGCAAUGUCUAAGUCGGCUCUGGUGAUCCUGGCGCAAGGUGCUGAAGAGAUGGAGACUGUCAUCACGGUGGACAUGCUGAGAAGGGGUGGGGUGACAGUGACUUUGGCUGGUCUGGAUGGAUCUGAACCAGUUCUGUGCUCAAGACAAGUGACACUGGUGCCCGACCUGUCACUAUCUGAUGCCCUCGCUAAGACACCACAAUAUGAUGCAGUAAUACUGCCAGGAGGUCUGGAAGGUUCAGACCGUCUCUCAAAGUCUGGUGUGGUGGGAACUCUUCUCAAAGACCACGAGAAAACUGGCAAGAUUGUGGCUGCUAUUUGUGCUGCCCCAACAGCAUUCGUGGCACACGGCGUGGCUAAAGGCAAGCGUGUGACGUCCUACCCGUCUACCAAGGAGAAGAUUACAUCGGACUACACCUAUGUAGAGGGAGAACGAGUGGUCGUGGAUGGCAACAUUGUUACUAGCCGGGGCCCUGGAACAGCUUACUGGUUUGGCUUGAAGCUGAUUGAGAUGCUGACUGGCAAGGAAAAGGCUGACCAGGUCGAGAAAGGAAUGAUUAUCUCAGGCUACUAACCCCCAAACCAAACCAUAUCAAAAACGAUACAGCAAUCUGAUAGUAUAUGUAUAAGUGAAAAGUGAUAAUUGGCUUGUAAAUUGUUUGCAUAAUAUUUUUGUGAUAAUUGAUUCCAUCACAAUAAAGAUUUAAUUGAUUAAACUA